AAACGAACCUCUUCUGACCAGGCGAUCGCCGGUGACAUUAUCCUCCUCGUCGCUUCUUGUUCAAGGAACUUUUCGAAGACAAAAUGGGGUUCGGCGACUUCGAUUCAAUUUGUGAGAAGGCACCAUUGCCUCUGUGCUCCUUGGUGGGCCCUCCAUCCUCGAUAUCCGGCUUAACAGGCAUCAUUCCCAACUGCUAUGCGCGCAACAUCGAAUUGGCCAAUACCAUCAUUUUUGAGGGCGCCGCUUCUUUUGUCCAUAUUAUCGCCCUUGGUAUGACGGUGAUCAUGAUCCUGCACAUUCGGUCGAAGUUCACUGCUGUCGGCCGCAAGGAAAUCUUGACCUUCUUCUACAUCUACCUGCUCUUGACUAUGUGUUCUUUGAUUCUGGAUGCAGGCGUGACCCCCCCAGGAAGUAGCUCGUUUCCUUACUUUACUGCUGUGCAAAAUGGCCUGGCCUCGGCACUCUGUACUUCGUUGCUCAUCAACGGCUUUGUAGGGUUCCAGCUCUAUGAAGAUGGCACCACUCUAUCUGUCUGGCUCGUGCGACUCAGUUCGGCGGCCAUGUUUGUCGUCUCCUUCCUUGUCUCCCUCGCGACCUUCAAGUCGUGGGGCAGCCUCGGUCCUACUAACACCAUCGGCAUGUUUGUUGUGCUGUACCUUGUGAAUGCCAUCUUCAUCGUGAUUUACCUGGUCAUGCAGCUACUGCUUGUCCUCAACACUCUCGAGGACCGCUGGCCGUUGGGCCAUAUUGCUUUCGGCCUUGUGGUUUUCAUAUGCGGGCAGGUCCUUCUUUAUGCGUUCAGCGAUGCGAUAUGCGACAAUGUACAGCACUAUAUGGACGGACUCUUCUUCGCAACCCUUUGCAAUCUCUUAGCAGUCAUGAUGGUGUACAAGUUCUGGGACUAUAUCACGAAAGAGGACCUCGAGUUCUCUGUUGGAAUCAAGCCCAACACAUGGGAGGUCAAGGAGCUCCUUCCCGAGGAGGAUCGCCGGCAGACGAUCUACGCCGAUGCUGAUUCGGAAUAUGCGGGGAGCAUGUACCAUCACCGAGCAUCAACCUAUCACGGCCACAAUUAUUAAACUGCCAAGCGUGUUGGACUCUAGCAUCUACUCGGACUUUAACACAGUACCUGGCACUUUCUUAUCCAUUCCACCCACAAACGGCCCCUUUCCUCGGCAGACUGGGGGCCGAAUUAAUGGGGGCGGCUCCGAGUCU